AGGGGGCGCGUCGCCCCGCCGCGGGAGGAGGGCCGCGUGCCGCGUCUGCGGGAAGGAGCCGGGAGUGACCCGAGGACGGGGCGAGGAGCCUACAGGCCCGCGGAGCCCCGUUGGGAACGCACGGACGCAGCUGAGCUGGGGCCCGCGGCUGCCGGCCGAAGGGCCCGGCCCAGCCUGGCGCCGAGGGGGACGUGCACUGUGGACACGCGGAGAAGCGAGUCACCGCGGCCUUUAGAAAUAUCUAUGCAAGAUGUUGACAUUGCAAACUUGGAUAGUGCAAGCCUUGUUUAUUUUCCUCACCACUGAAUCUGUAGGAGAACUUCUAGAUCCAUGUGGUCAUAUCCACCCUGAAUCUUCAGUUGUACAACUUGGUUCUAAUUUCACAGCAGUUUGUGUGCUAAAGGAAAAAUGUAUGGAUUAUUUUCAUGUGAAUGCUAAUUACAUUUUCUGGAAAACAAACCAUGUUAUUGUUCCUUUUGAACAAUAUACUGUCAUAAACAGAACAGCAUCUAGUGUCACAUUUACAGAUAUAUCUUUAUUAAAUAUUCAACUCACUUGCAACAUUCGUACAUUUGGACAAAUUGAUCAGAAUGUUUAUGGAAUCAGAAUAAUUUCAGGCCUGCCUCCAGAAAAACCUAAAAAUUUGAGUUGCAUUGUGAACGAAGGAAAGAAAAUGAUGUGUCAGUGGGAUCCUGGAAGGGAAACGCACCUGGAAACAAACUACACUUUAAAAUCUGAAUGGGCAACAGAGAAGUUUGAUGAUUGUAAAGCAAAACGUGACACCCGCACCUCAUGUACUGUUGAUUAUUCUCCUGUGUAUUUUGUCAACAUUGAAGUCUGGGUAGAAGCAGAGAAUGCUCUUGGGAAGGUUACCUCAGAUCAUAUCAAUUUUGAUCCUGUAGAUAAAGUGAAGCCCAAUCCACCACAUAAUUUAUCAGUCAGCAACUCAGAGGAACUGUCUAGUAUUUUAAAAUUGACAUGGAUCAACUCAAGUAUUAAGAGUUUUAUAAGACUGAAAUAUAACAUUCAAUAUAGGACCAGAGAUGCCUCAACUUGGAACCAGAUUCCUCCUGAAGAUACAGCAUCUACCCGAUCUUCAUUCACUGUCCAGGACCUUAAACCUUUUACAGAGUAUGUGUUUAGGAUUCGUUGUAUGAAGGAAGAUGGUAAAGGGUUUUGGAGUGACUGGAGUGAAGAAGCGAGUGGGAUCACAUAUGAAGAUAGACCAUCCAAGGCACCAAGCUUCUGGUAUAAGAUAGAGCCAUCUCAUACUCAUGGCUGUAGAUCUGUACAACUCAUAUGGAAGACAUUGCCUCCUUUUGAAGCCAAUGGAAAAAUCUUGGAUUAUGAAGUGACUCUCACAAGAUGGAAAUCACGUUUACAAAAGUACACAGUUAACGACACAAAACUGACAGUAAACCUCACAAAUGAUCGCUACAUAGCAACUCUGACAGCAAGAAAUCUGGUUGGCAAAUCAGAUGCAUCUGUUUUAACUAUCCCUGCCUGGGGCUUUCAAGCUACUCACCCCAUAACGGAUCUUAAAGCAUUUCCCAAAGACAAUGUGCUUUGGGUAGAAUGGACUGCUCCAGAUGAAUCUGUAAACAGAUAUAUACUUGAGUGGUGUGUGUUAUCAGAUAAAUCGCCCUGUAUCCCAGACUGGCAACAAGAAGAUGGUACUGUACAUCGCACCUAUUUAAGAGGAAACCUAGCAGAGAGCAAAUGUUAUUUGAUAACAGUCACUCCAGUGUAUGCUGAUGGACCAGGACUCCCCGAGUCUAUAAAGGCAUACCUUAAACAAGCUCCACCUUCCAAAGGACCUACUGUCCGGACAAAAAAAGUGGGGAAAAAUGAAGCUGUCUUAGAGUGGGACCAACUUCCUGUUGAUGUUCAGAAUGGAUUUAUCAGAAAUUAUACUAUAUUUUAUAGAACCAUCAUUGGAAAUGAAACUGCUGUGAAUGUGGAUUCUUCACACACAGAAUAUACGCUGUCCUCUUUGACUAGUGACACUUUGUAUAUGGUACGAAUGGCAGCAUAUACAGACGAAGGUGGAAAGGAUGGUCCAGAAUUCACUUUUACUACACCAAAGUUUGCUCAAGGAGAAAUUGAAGCUAUUGUUGUACCUGUUUGCUUAGCAUUCCUGUUGACAACCCUUUUGGGAGUAUUAUUCUGCUUUAAUAAGCGAGACCUAAUUAAAAAACACAUCUGGCCUAAUGUUCCAGAUCCUUCAAAGAGUCAUAUUGCCCAGUGGUCACCUCACACACCUCCAAGGCAUUUUAAUUCAAAAGAUCAAAUGUAUCCAGAUGGCAAUUUCACUGAUGUAAGUGUUGUGGAAAUAGAAGCAAAUGACAAAAAGCCUUUCCCAGAAGAUCUAAAAUCAUUGGACCUAUUCAAGAAGGAAAAAAUUAAUACUGAAGGACACAGCAGUGGUAUUGGAGGGUCUUCAUGCAUGUCAUCUUCUAGGCCAAGCAUUUCUAGCAGUGAUGAAAAUGAAUCUGCACAGAACACUUCGAGUACUGUCCAGUAUUCCACUGUGGUACAUAGUGGCUACAGACACCAGGUGCCAUCGGUCCAAGUCUUCUCAAGAUCCGAGUCCACCCAGCCCUUGUUAGAUUCUGAAGAACGGCCAGAAGAUCUACAGCUGGUAGAUAAUGUAGAUGGCAGUGACAGCAUUUUGCCCAGGCAACAGUAUUUCAAACAGAACUGCAGUCAACAUGAAACCAGUCCAGAUAUUUCGCAUUUUGAAAGGUCAAAGCAAGUUUCAUCAGUCAAUGAAGGAGAUUUUGUUAGACUUAAACAGCAACAGAUUUCAGAUCAUAUUUCACAGCCCUAUGGAUCUGGGCAGAUGAAAAUGUUUCAGGAAGUUCCUGCAGCAGAUGCUUUUGGUCCAGGCAUCGAAGGACAAGUAGAGAGAUUUGAAACAGUUGGGAUGGAGGCUACAAUUGAUGAAGGAAUGCCUAAAAGUUACUUACCACAGACUGUAAGACGAGGUGGCUACAUGCCUCAGUGACGGACUAACUCCUGUUACAACUUUGGAAGUACCUGUAAAGUAAAGCUAAAAGUAUUUUAUCUGUGAUUUCAGAUCUUCACUCACUGAAGAUGAUCAUUUGCCCUUAAGGACAAGAAGGUACUGUCCUCCCAUGUGGGCUGUUGCCAUUCCAGAAUAUCUGGGAUUUGACUUAAAGCACUACAUAAACUGACUUCAUCCUCCAAAUAGCUGAAUGACUUUGUGCUGUUUCAGGAUGUUUGCACUGAAGAAAAACAAAGCUUGUCUGAAAUUUAUAAAGUGAAACUUUUGGUUUUGCUAUCUAGAAAACAGAGGGUAUUUAAAUUAAAAGCAGUAGUAAACUUAGUGAGCACAGCUAUACUGAUUUUAACGAGAAUAGUCAUCAAAUAUCAAAUCUUGGGGAGAAUUAGCAUAAAAAUUGGGGGAGCAAGAUCUAGACCCUCUACUUCAAGUGACAACAUAAUUUAAAAAGAGUCCAGAUGGUACAACUAAUAUGAGCCCAGCUUUUGUUGUCUGACAAAAAAAAAAAAAAAAUUGGGCUCAUUUAUAAUCAUACCAACAUAUAAAAUAUUAGUUCUCGUCCAUUGGUAAUGAUGCUGCCAGUUACUGGAGAAAAGGAAUUCUGGAGUUUUAACUUGACAAACUAAAAAUAUUAAUUUUUUAAUAUUAGACAGUUAAGUAAAUUUUCAAACAUUUGCUUUCUAUCACUAUUGACAACCUCCGAAGAUCCAUUUCACAAACUCAGCAGAGGGUCCAGAUAAGAGCUAGGAAUGAAUGUGACGAACUAUCUUAAACAUUUAAAAAAUCCUUUGCCAUUUAUAAAGGCUUAAAUUGUUAACACUUUUCUGUACAUGUAUAUAAACAUUAUUGACCCUUCUUGUUAAGACGUCAGAGAAUUUGGUUGAUGAGGCACUUUAUACAGUAUGUCUUCACCUUAAAAUGUGUUUUGAUUUAAUAUGCUUUGUUUUUUAAGUAGGCCAAGACUGAGUUUUUUCUUUCUUUCUAGUAGGUGUUUGAAGCAGACUAAUAAGUUAGAAGACUUGGGCAAUACUCACCAAAACAAACAAAGCACCACCCCAAAAAUGUACAUAUUGAUCUUAGGAAAUCUCGCAGUUAGCAAAUAUCCUUAUUGUAGAGGCACUUAAUGAAGAGAGAGUAUUUUAAUGUCUGCCUGUUCUGAGGUAGGUGGAACUUAGUUCUACAUGAUGAUUUAGGAAUAUUUUAAACCUUUUCCCACAUGUUCUGUUCUUCAGGGGAAAAGUGAGUUGGGCUUCCAGAGUUUAGCACUAAACUCACUUUCGCAUUUAUGUUAUUCCCUACCCACCACGUUUGACGAGGAGGCAGGGGCUAAAAACUAGGAGCUGAGUAAGUAAGAAGAAAUUGUCAUGUGGUUGACUACUGCUGUCAAGUAAGUUUGUGUUUUUUCUGUCAUAUUUAAUUUACAGAAACCAAGCCAACUUAAAAUAGUUUGUAGAGGUUACUGAAGAAUAAAAGGCUGAGAAAAAUUAGUACACAUUUACAGUUGAGAUGUAAUUCGAUUCAUUACUGUCUCAAUAUUGUUCGCAUUAGACUUGCUGUUAUGCUUUAUCCCUUGUAUUCUUGCCUGAUACUUUUCAGAGUUCUUUCUCAUAUAUGGUCUUUGCGAGACAGAGCAGAUGCUUUAUUCUGAUAUAUCCUGUUCUACUUUAGGCAAAACCAACAUGAGAUUGGUAGAAUGUCAGAAUCAGUAGUAGAUGAGGAAAAUUAGGCACAGACAGGUCAGGUUGGAACAGAGAGACCCCAAACUCACACACACUACACACUACAAGGUAAUAAGCAUUACCACCGUUUAAGUUGGUUAUCAAAGGCUGGUCCAAAUCAGGACAGGAUUUAUCUUGCUAAAUGUCAACAAAUUUAUAUCUAUUACAUUUUUCAUUUCCUCAAAAUAAGUAGUCAUGUUGUUAUAACCAUGUUUAGCUCUAACCUUCCUCCUAACAAAUAGCAGUGUUGUGGAGAACAUUUUAGUGUGGAGAUUGUACAUGGGAGGUGGGCAGUUAUAAAAUGUGAACUCAUGAUCUCUGGGAAUCAGAACAAAUAGUUAUUUAAGAAAGGACAUCAUAUAAGCAAAUUUGUAUGUUGAAACUUGUGUAGAACAUGGUGCAGUGAGUGAAUGCCCCCCCAGCCACAAAAGCACUUUAGGCAUAUUAAAUGGAUACAGUUACUGUGCAAAAAUUCAUUCAGGAAAUAAAUAUAUUUAUGUAAUAUACAUCUUUGCCCCCAAAAAGAAAAGCAAUCAUGAAACUUAAGUACAAAAUUACUUUCAUAAGGCAUGUCUUAGAAUAAUGUCUUGAUAUAUGUAAAUUAUAUUUUAGGUAGGCCCAGAAACAAAUCCAGUUAAUUUAUGUGAAAAUUAGACUAUGUUUAAGAUAGUGGAUAAACUACUCAUUAAAUAUAUAGUAUCCAAAAAUUUGAUGCAGUUGCCCUCUUGUAAGACUAAAAAAAUAAUAAGCAUAUGUUACAUGUGUUGUUAUUGUAAUUUGAUUGUUACUGGUGUCUUUGGUAUCCUACCCUCAUCCUUCAUAAAGGCAUGAGGCUAAAUAACUGUUGGAAAACUAUCAGACUUCAAACCCACUAAAAUCUAAAAGUUUAAUUCUUUUUUAACAUGGAUCAUUCAGCACUAGGGAACAUACCCAACAUGUGACCAGAAGCAAGGGAAAACGCAGAAUCAUUCACAUGUUUUGUGUUCACAUCUGUUCUGUGCCUAGUUGUUUGUUUAAUUUCAACCUUUUUCUUUGAUAAGAGAUUUUUUUUUACACACGAAGUCAUCCAAGACCCUAGUUUAUUGUGAAGUUAAGGGUUAAUGAAGUUGAAAUAUACUUUUAAAACAUAUAUUUAUGAAAAGUCAAAUUUAAAGUGGAACAUCUAAAAUAGCACUAUAAAUAGAAAUCAAAUUUAAAAGAUGUCUUUUUUCUACUCACGUAGUUUAGUUAAAAUCAUGACAUAAAUUUAGAAAUAGAAUAACUAUAUAGUAGAAUUCCCUAAAAUAUUUCUGUUAACUGGCAUGUACUGACCAACUAUAAAUUAAGUAGGAGAACUCUUCCUAGUCUAUUCCGUUAUAUUCCACACCAACCUCCUCCUCUCUUUGGUGUUAGGAACAAAUUUCUAUACCAUACAUUUCUGUUUCAGUAGUUUUUUUGUUGAAAUGGGUAAAGUGUCAAAAUAAUAAGCUACAUAAAACUUAAAGUUCAAUUGUUUAAAAAUAUUGGGAUAGCUUUCUGUUGGAGGUCGUGUUAGAUUCUAUUGCCCAGGUAAGAUUACUUUAAAAAUUUCUUUGCACUUUUGUAAAUUAAAAGAAUAUGAAGCCAUAAAAUGGCAAGAUAUUUAGGUUUAAGAAAUUUUAAACUAGCAAACUUACAGCCUAAUUCUAUAAACUGGUCCUUGGUAGCCGUUCCUUUUCAGGCUAUUUAUAAACAGAAUUUAGAUGAAUGUCAAAACAAAACUUUCCAAAGCUAAAUGUAGUAUCUUUUGGGUUAAUCUAUUUUUUUUCAUUGUAUAUACUACUUGUAUGUGUAUUCCCACGAUAUUCUAAUAUACAUUGCAUUAAAAAUAAAAAGGCAGCUCUGGAUGAGCUCUUUUGUUACCUAUUUCUAAAUUUUUUAAUAAGGCUUUUUGUAGUCAGUUCCUUAAAACGGGUUAAACUUCAUUACACAGUUCUUUAAAGUUGAUAGAUCAUGAUGAAAAUGAAUUUAAGGCCAAUGGUGAUAGAUGUUACAGACCUUUUAUCCCUUAAACAUAAGCUUUGAGAAUGAUAACUACAUGCUUCAGAUGCUGUUACAUGAAUAUCAAAAUGUGAUGUGUCAGAAAUAAAGGGAUAGUUUAAAGGUGGAUAUUUGAAAAUUCUUUAGUCUUAGUCUCUCUCUCUAUAUAUAUAUAUAUAUUGAAUAGUAUACUCUAAAAAUAAGUGUGCAAUUUGCUAGUACUACAGUACAGUGAGUAGCAUUAGGUAUGUCUCCUAUUUAUACCCUAUGUCCCAUUUAAUUGUAAGUGCAAUCCUUUUAAGUUCACUUGCUCUUCUACCCCGACCUAAUCUAACUUCAUAUAGAAGGCUUGUCUAGAAAGACUAUUGUAUGUAUUUUCACUUUUGCACAGUGAAUUGCAUGUGCAACUUGUAACCACAGCUAUUGUUUUUAUGUUGACAUAACUCUAAAUGUUCUCUUAUAUAUCAGCUCGCAUCCUUUAAGUAAAUUUAAUAAAUUCUUAACUCAG